UUCAACUCCUGGCAGAACCCUAGAAAGCCUUGACAGUCUAUUAUAAAUAAAUAAGAAACAGGCGCGUGCUUCCAGAAAAGAACUAUUAUUGUCAAUGGGAAGCGAUAUAAUGAACUUUAGGGAAAACUUUGCAAAUGUUCAGAAGAAUAAGUUUUUCAAUCCUUUCGAUUAAUUGAUCCUUGAGUUGCUGUUCUGGUAUCUGCAUUUACUAUUGGUCGGGAAAGAGUGUAGCUCUGAUCAUGUGCAGAAGCAAAUCAAAGUGUCAUCGUAUCAUUGUAUGUUCCAUCCUCGUGAGCCAGAAAGUUUUGCUUGAAGUGGUUCAUGAUCCUACUGAUGAGGCUACGUUAUCGUGUAGAGGUAGCAGACGAGAGGAAGACUUACCCAAGCCAAAAUGGUUGUCAUUUGACUUUCUCAGCGUUUUCUCUAAGCUUUUGUGAAGUGAAAAAAGGUUAAUUUUAUUCGGAAAUUGUUCGCUAUUGUUGCUGGGCUUGGGAAGCUUAAGGGGGUAAGAGUCUAAGUAUCUUCUAUUUGCUCAAAAAAAAUGGACAUUUAGUGGUUAUGUAUCGAGACCAAUAGUGUAUGUCAUAGCGUAGUUAGUCAGCAUGCCAAUUUUCGUAAGAAUCGGACAAUGUGAACAGAAAAAAAGUUUGCAGUUGGGCGUAUAUAAAUUUGUUCAUUAAAUGUUGAUGAAAUUGUUCUUAAACAGACUUUUUUGUUAUUAUGACUUUGUAGAAACGCCACAGGAUUUUGUAUCAAAGGUUGCAGCAUUAGAUUAGCGCGAAAGUUAUAGGACAAAUGAGGUGGUCUAUGUGCAUAGAUUAUUUUAAGUCCAGUAUGUUAAAAAGAAGAAUAAGAAAUUAAGAUUCAAAUAGCAUUUUUGGGCACUCACGGCGAAAGUUAAAGUAGUCGCUGAAUUACAUAUGUCCUUAACUCAUGUAACAAUAAAAAUGAGGUACAUGUUUUUGUAGUAAUUUGCAGAUGAAAACCAAAGUCUAGACUGUUGGAAAUGCAAUUGAUUCCAAUGUGCCUCCUCUACCUUGAGUUGCAUGUAAUUUGAGUUUUUAGCUAGCAAAGCUGACACAAUUCAACACAUGACCGCGCUGUAUUUUGUAUCGUCAAAAUAAUUCGAGGCUUUCUAAUUUCAGAACCGCUGUGUUUAGUUUUGGUUUCUGCUAUGACUGGAAUGCAACCUCCAACUCCUAAAGAAGAUCUAGUUGCUAAGAAUCCCUUUGAGACUGAUUUUGACAUACCAGGCGGUGGAGGAGGGAGUACUCAACAAGUUUCAUCUUUUUUCAACUAUCCUCAAAACGCCGCAUCGAAUUUCGACCCAAUGGGGAAUAGUUAUGGACCUCCUAGAUUACCGGGAGGAUAUAUGUCAAAUUCUAAUCAUGUACAAAUGUACACUGGACAAGGAUCUUCACCUGGGAUCCCAGGUCCCAGACAGUUUGCGUAUCCAAAUGUACCGUAUCCGAACCAAAUGGGGCAGCCAGAUAUGGGCCCUCAAACUGGAUAUAACGGUGAUCCAUUAAAGUCUCCCUUCAUGAAGUCAUCGGCAAGUAGUCCCAUCCGAUCAUCCUUUUCAGAAUCUGCGGUCAAUCUAACGCAGCCAGGCCAAAUGCACCCUUCGUCACCGUCAGUUCAAAAGUCUGGCGAUAAAGGUGGAGCUUCAUUGGAAUCAAAAUCUAACCCAAAAAGUUCUAGUAAAUCUAAUGCUGCAAAUAAAAACACUCACGAUAACAGAAACAAUCAGUUUUCUCAAAUUUCAACUAGCCGACAAAGUAAUUCAAGCAAUUCGACGAUGUUCGCGAAUAAUCCAAUGAGUGCAUCGAAUCUACAAGCAGCACCCGUGACAUCGAAUGUUAAUGCACCAAUCACUCACCUUAAUAUAGCCAUUUGUGCAAUCUGCAGGCAAGAUAUACUUGAAGGUGAUGAUAGACUCACAUGUUUAAGCGGAUGUAGCAGCAAUGCAUACCACAGAAUGUGUGCGGGUCUGUCAAAGAAUGCGUACGAAUUGUUCAGAAAAGAAAGCAACGUGGAAUGGGUAUGUGACUACUGUAUAUCGAGCAGACAGAUCCCCCUGAUUAAAACAUUGCAAGCGCCGGGGCCUGUUUCUCAGCAGCAUCAGGGAUUGAAUCGGACCGCAACUCAAAUCAGUGCAGUUCCUGCUGCGUAGAGCCGUAGUGUUAUAUGUAGAUGUUUAGUUUGUGCAAUAUAGUUGAAUGAUAUCAUUAGUUAACCUCA